AUGGACCUCUACAAUAGCAGCAACGGUGGCAUCGUCCAACCACGGCAACAUGCGCAGCAAUUCGUGAACACUUCAGGCGAGGAGUUCGAGGACGACUCCUCCCUCCUCUUGCCAAGUCUCGUCGAUACAAAUUUUGUGGAGAGUGUUCCUGGAACCGCCUCCUACUACAAUGGAACUCCCGUAACCAAUCAGAAUGGUGCAUGGCUCACACCCCUCCCAACUUCAUGUUCCAUUGAACCGAUACAUUCAACCGACGUCUAUAGACCCUACCUCCCAGACCAAACGCAGUUGCGAUGGGAGACUCAGGUUGAUCCAAAUGCCGCCUACUAUGCACCCGUUCUAGAGCCGAUUGGAUUCACCUGUGCGGAGCCGUUAAUUACCAACCACGAGGAAUAUCGAAAGAAGAUGAACUCAGAAUCAGGAAUCGCUGAAGGUGAGAUGCUGACAGCUGUUGUCAAUGGUAACACCACAGCCAGUGGGUACUCUCACACCCCUGAGGUGACCUCUACUCCAAGGUCACGCUGCCGUCGGGGUUCACAGCAUGCCGUAAAGGGAGAGGCCAGCCCGGGGGGAAGGAAUCCCCAUCAGGAGGAUUCCCUGAUGGCCUCUUUUGAAGUCAAAAUCGACGACCGACCUCCGUCGGGUUCUGCCUCUCUACCCAUCUCCACCUGUCUUAUUUGUGGAGACAAAGCAACGGGCAAACACUACGGCGCAUAUUCAUGUGACGGGUGUAAGGGAUUUUUCCGACGUUCUGUGCGUCGAAAACACACCUACAGUUGUCGGUACAAUCGAACUUGCACAAUUGACAAAGACAUGCGUAAUCAAUGCCGUUUUUGCCGGCUGAAAAAGUGCUUCCGAGUGGGCAUGAACCGCGCAGCGGUCCAAAACGAGCGCGAUAAAAUCAGCAACCGAAGGCCAUUCUGCGACGCGUCGGGACUGAAUGGCACUCUAAUCGAUAUCAGCACUCUACUUAGAGCCGAGGUUGAAUCCAAAGCGACAACUGAAGGGAUUGAGACAAAGGACCUUUCCUCUACUGGACCACUAAGUCUAGCUGAAAUUUGCUCAGCCAUGAAAAUUCAUCUUUUUCGUUUAAUCAAUUGGGCAAGACAGCUGGAUUGUUUUGUUAAUCUGGAUAUGCAAGAUCAGCUGACUUUGCUACGUGGGAACUCGGGGGAAUUGCUCCUUCUAAGCAUGGUUUGGCAGGCCAUUUGCACGUCAUCUCAACAAAUCGACGAGGCUGGGACAUUUAUCAACCUCUUUCAUCGGUUAAAUAUCGCGUUUAUGGAAGUAAUCAAAGCCAGUGGCGGUGGUUGCAAUGAAUUUCCAGCCAUGCCUUGUUGCGCGGAUGACAGCAAGUUGGAUGCUAUUCUCAAAGUCAUUGCCAAUACCAUUUAUCGACCACUGCUGGAGUUGGCGAUUGGAGAGACAGAAUUUAUUUGCCUCAAGGCAAUUAUUUUCUUGAGUGCGGGUCACCUUAACCUAUCACCCAAUGGUCGCCUCACCGUAGAAGCCUCACGGAGUCGGCUUCAAAUCGAACUAAUGAACGUCAUGAAUGACAACCAAUACCUCCCAGAGGGUCGAUUCGGGGAGCUGCUUCUUCUGGUGCCGACACUGCAACGGGUUUCAGGAUUUCUUGUGGCCAGGAUUGGAAGCGUUGCCACUACUUCCGCUGCCGCUGCCGCCGCUGUUGCUGCAGCCAAUAGCUCAGCCACGGCAGAGUCAGACGAGACUAUCAAUUCACUUAGACUGGAUGAUCUCCUGGGGGACAUACUACUUUCAGGUGAUUGA